ACCUAUGACAACCAAAAUAACCAUCUCCUUCUUCCCUCUUCCACCUCUAUAUUUAGCAUCUCUCUCUCUACUCCCCCUCCUCUCGCUCUGUCCUGUCAAGAAGCCUUAGGAACCACCAAAAAAGAGGUACAUUUUGUUCCUUCUGGUUUUCUUCCCAUCAUCACAACGCCUGCCAUGUUGCAUGCUUGUCAAUUUCCCUGCAUUUAUUGACUCUUGUUUCCGUUACAAGUAACAUACGUUGCUCAUUGUUGGCGGUGUAAAUUGUUUGAUUCGCCUCUUUCAUUCUUUGCACGGUUUUGCUGCCAUUAAUAGCAGAAUUGGCAAUUAUUAUUAUUCUUCGUUUCAGAAUUCAGAAACAGGUUGGUGCCCAUUAUUAUUCUGGUGGAAAAGUUUGAAUUUUUGAAAAGGAAAGAGGAAAAAUAUAACAGAAUCUACCACCCCAGAAGAAUCAUAAGAUUAUCUCAUCAUUGAAUUUUAUCAAACGUUCAUUGGGGUUCAGUUAUGUGUGAGAAAGUUAGGACCUUUGGAAUAAUUGAUAGGGUAUCCUCAUUUCAAAUUAUUAUGUGGUAGAAUUAUAAAAUUCAGUGGAAUGGUAUGUUAUGGUGUUGUAAUUUUGAGGCUGCCUUUGAAUGUUGAAGUGAAACUUGGGAGCAUGAGCUAGGUGUAUAUAAAUAUGGACACAAAAGAAGAGGCCGAACCUAAUGAGGAGAGGCCCUCGUCGCCGAUGUGGGUUCUGCAUCAGUUAUCUGAGGGAGCAUUCAGAGUUGCUGGGGAAGCAUGGCAGAAUAUGUACUCCAGUGGUGGCGGCGGCGGUGAUGGUGUUGGGUCAAGCAUGCCACAAAUGGGGCCUGGUGCUCAUAGACGCUGUCAAAGUGAACUUGUUACUAAAGGAUUUCAACGUAGUAGUAGCUUUCAGAAGUUGAAGUGUCACGUGCAAAAGGCCUGGCGGUGGAGUGGCAGAUCCCGCGAUGAAAAUUCCCUGCCAAAUUUUAAUCCUGAGGUCAUGGCAAAUCAGAAACGUCAGUGGUAUCAGCUUCAUCCCAAAUCUAUGGAUUCUGUAAAUUAUAAGGAGCCAACCUCGCUGUUUGAACAUUUUGUGAUUGUGGGGCUGCAUCCAGAUGCUAAUUUGGAAGUCGUGGAGGAUGCAUUUGCAAGAAGGAAGAAGUGGGAAAAGGAAAGAUGUGAAUUUCCAGAUUUGAAAAUGUUGCAGCAACAGAAGCCAGCAGAACCAACUUUGGAACCUCAGAUUUUGUUCAAAUAUCCACCUACAAAGAGGCUAACAGUGCGUAUGAAGGAUUUAGCCUCCUUUUGCUUUCCUGAAGGUGUUAAGGCAUGGUUGCUGGAGAGGACUCCAUCUUUCAGUGAACUAAACGAACUUGUCUAUGGACAGGAGCAUUUAGGAAGAGACGAUCUAUCAUUUGUCUUCACACUCAAGGCAGUAGACAAUACAACACUUUAUGGAGUUUGCUUACAUGUUCCUGAAAUAGUUCAGAGGCCCCCUGGUAUCUUAGGCAUAUCAUCUCCUCAUUCUCUGGUUUCCAGCCGUUUUAUGGUUUCUGCACCUCGAUGUUACUGUCUUCUAACUAGAGUUCCCUUCUUCGAGUUACACUUUGAGAUGUUAAAUAGUCUUAUUGCACAGGAGCGUUUGAAUCGGAUAACUGAGUUUAUAAAUGAGAUUUCUCUCACUAGUUGCCUUCCACCAUCACCCAAACUGGAUGAUCAAAUGAGUUCAAAUGCUAACUCCCCAGAUAGGCAGUCAUUUAGUGACUGGAUGUCUUGUGCAAUUCCUCUUGAUGGUGCAGCAGUCAUUACUGCCGCUGCUGCUGGGCUUCUAUCUGAUGAUGAAAUCACACAGUUAUCACCCAAAAUAUGGGAUUCUCACUGUCAAUCUCCUGCAAGUGUGGCUGCCAGCGAUGCUUCUGAUUUCUAUCAGUUUAGAGACACAGAUAAGGAUGGCAGAAAUAAUCUGCAGGAUCAUAGUAAUGAUGAUUUUGAGGCGCCAGAAAUUCAGGAGACUAUGGAAAGAGUGCAUGGAAAUUGUGAAGGUGGCCCAGUUUCUCCCAUUGUUGGAACACCUCAAUCUUCUAGGAGUCGUGUCUUGGAGCGUCUUGCAAGUUCUGAGUCUCUUUUCAGUCCAGUUAGAAGCAUGGUAUCUGAAGAUGAGGAUGAUCCUUUUUCAAACAACGAAAGAGAUUACGGAGAUGAUUACUUAAUGGAAUGGGCUAUGGAGAAUAAGAAUGAUUUGCUACAGAUAGUGUGUCGAUAUCAUGCUCAACCUAUUCCACCUCGAGGGAGUGAGUUUGUUUUUCACCCUCUUGAACAUCUACAAGCUAUUCAGUAUAUACGACAUUCUGUUGCUGCUCUUGGCUUUGAAGAAAAUUGUUUUAAUUGCUCUGAAUCGGCUCAGGUCAAUUCGAAGUUGGCAGCUGCUGAGGAAACCCUUGCAUUAUCAGUAUGGACGACCGCAACUACGUGUCGAGUUCUGUCCCUUGAUAGUGUGCUGGCAUUAGUUACAGGAGUUUUGUUGGAGAAACAGGUGGUAAUAGUGUGCCCAAAUCUGGGUGUUCUGUCUGCCACAGUGCUUUCUCUUGUUCCCAUGAUUCGUCCAUUUCAAUGGCAGAGUUUACUGCUCCCGGUUUUACCUGGGAAAAUGAUUGAUUUUCUUGAUGCCCCAGUUCCAUAUAUUGUUGGCAUACAGCAUUUACCAGAUGAUUGGAAUAUGAAGACUUCCAAUCUUGUUCAUGUUAAUGUACAGAAGAAUCAGGUUAAAAUGUGUCAUUUGCCAAGACUUCCACAGUAUAAAGAGCUUGUCUCUCAAUUAGGACCAAUUCAUGCCAAACUUUCAAGGGAAAGUUCAAUUGCUCAAAAGCAUCCAAUACAUAGGUGCAACGAAGUACAGGCUGAAGCUGCAACUCAGUUUCUGAAUAUCAUGUGGCAUUAUCUGGAGUCACUUUGUUCUGAACUGAAAUUUCAUACAAUAACUAGUGUACAAUCAAACAAUGACAGGGUUUCUUUACUUCUUAAAGAUAGCUUCAUCGAUUCCUUUCCUAUUAGGGACCAACCAUUCAUUAAGCUAUUUGUAGAUACACAACUCUUCACUGUUUUAUCAGACACUCGUCUAUCAAGCUUUGAGAGUGGCGAGUCAUAGUUCGUUGUCGCCUUAUUUUAGGACCAAAGGGUGUUCUGUAAGACAUGACUGUUGAGACUGAGGAAGAUAUAGUGCAUGAUGUCAUUGGUGUGAACCCUUUCAGUACAGAUGAAAUUUUGCGAAUCCGAGAAUCCAAUGUUUGGAAUGACAAAUGAAGAGUUGUUAUGUGGAUCAAAAAAUUGUACAUGUUGAUAGUAAUUGAUUGCAAAUGUUGAUAUACUAAUAGUGUGCUUGGUUCUGUUGUGGAAAUCCCCAUAAGCAAUUCUCGGAUGAAGUUACAGUGCUUUGGAUUGUGCGUCACUACCAAUUCAAACACACUACUAACACUGCUGCUAACCCAAAGGAAAGAAUUAUUGUCCCUAUUUUUUUUAUUGAGGGCUAUGUUCUUGGGUUUAGAUGCUCAUGUUUUGUAAUUGACUGAUUGUGAGUACUGACUAAUUUCCCUCCCUCUAUAGUUUAAUAUCAUUCAGUUCUUUGUU